UGCCUAUGACCCCAGGAAGCGCUGCAAUGUGGCGCUUCUCCCUUCAGAGGAGGUGUCUCCACUCCUCGGUGAGUUUAACGAAGAACGUAAAUAGUAGAAGUCCCGCCGAGCAGCGCUGGCUGCAGCGGCAGCUCAGAGACCCGUAUGUCAAAGCUGCCCACAAGCAGCACUUCCGGUGCCGAAGCGCCUUCAAGCUGCUGGAGAUAGAUGACAAGUUCCGGCUCCUGCAGCCGGGGCUCGUGGUGGUGGACUGCGGAGCUGCACCCGGAGCCUGGAGCCAGGUGGCCGUCCGGAGGGUCAACUCAGCCGGGACAGAUCCGGCGCUGCCGCGCGGUACCGUCGUCGGCAUCGAUCUGCUGAACAUACCGCCGCUCGACGGCGCCCACUUCCUGUCCAGCCACGACGUCACGGACCCCGCCACGCACGCCAAGCUGCUGGGGCUGCUGCCCGGCGGCCGGGCCGACGUCAUCCUGAGCGACAUGGCGCCCAACGCCAGCGGCGUCCGGGAGAUGGACCACGAGAAACAAAUCACGGCGUGUUUGACUUUGGCCGACUUGGCCGAGAGGGUCCUGCAGCCGGGGGGCGCCCUGGUGUGCAAAUACUGGGACGGGUUCCUCGCUCGCAACCUCCAGGAGAAGCUGUCGAGCGCGUUCGGUCGCGUUCAGAUCGUGAAGCCAAACGCCAGCAGGAAGGAGUCGGCCGAGAAGUUUUUCCUCGCUCGCAGGUACAGACGGUGAUCAUCGGGAUUAUUCCAAUAUUCAUCCGGAAAGGAGGAAUUAGUUGCUUCCUGGACGCUCUCAGACGAGUGUGAACACGAGGGAGAGGCUCACUUGAUCACUCUGAUCACAAGGUGGCACUGUCGAGGCGCCGGUGGCGGACACAUUUCACACGCUGCUCGGAUUCUGGUCUCCAUCCCCGCAGACGGCAGCAGCAGAGAAUCUGUAAUAUGUGAACUUGUGCAAGAAUCCUCAGUGAUAUUCCUCAAGAGCCCCGUUUUCUCUGCAGCUAUUGUUUGCCCCCGCCGAGUUUGUUUGACACGAGUCGGUUCGGUAUUUGCUUUGUUCCCGGAAAGUCAUUUACCAGCUCUGCUCAUGCCGAUGAUGCGCACCGCCAGCCACCGAGAAAUAUGUAAUCAUUCUCUCAUUGAGAGCCUUACGGAGGGACGCGCUAAUGCAGAGUCACAUGCGGCAUGACGAAUGGGGAAGUGGGACGAUACUGACUCUGUGUCGUCGGGCGUUACUCUCUGGCGGUGCAGAGAUGUCCAUUUCCUGUGCGAAAAUGAUUUUCGGCCCAGGAGACGAGAUUUCCUCUUCAGAGUCUUCUUUAACAUCAUCAAGUUGGACACUUUGGAAAGUGCGAUUCAUUUAGUUUCUUUGUUGUUGUUGUUUUGUUUCUCACGCUGAUUUUCAUCCAGCAGGUGCCCGAGAAUGAAAAGGAUGUUUUCUAUCAAAUCCGCAUUACAUAAGACACAACUUGUGAGGGAUUCACCGCGUGGCGUUGCAAAUAUAACAUUGUCUCCGAGGACAUGUGUACGGUUGUUGUUUUGAGGCCAGUGUCUCCGUUCAUCAGGGGCGCGGACGUCUGGGCCCCUUCUCGUUGCAGGAGCAGGGCGGGGCUUCGGGCCUCUGCAGACUCGAGCAUGUCGGCCACAGCUAUUACUUUACAUUACAUGGCAUUUAGCAGACGCUUUUAUCCAAAGCGACUUACAAUAAGUCUAAACUAUGAAGGUAGACGUGUGUCUUUAUUACGCAAACAAAACAAAAAGGUUUUAAGAUCAAAUUUCUCGUUUGUAAGUAAAUUAAUUGUUAGUUUUGAUGAUGAAACUAGAAUUUGUUGCUGCAAAUCUAAAAUAUUAAAAAUAUUAUAGAUCAUUUUAUAUAUAAAUAUAUAUCAAAUUAAAAAUCUUUGCUCUCCAAAAAAAAAAUUUGCACAAAAAAAAGAAGAAAAUACGAUUUGGGUUUGGACGUAGUGGGCGGGGCUUACGCUGCCGAAUGAGCGAGGAGUUUCUUAUUACUGAGAUGCACAGAUAGUUGGGGAAAUGGCACCCCGUGUACAAAUAUCACAUGUAUUCUUAGUAGUAUUUAUGUUUUUGUGCCACUUUUAAGCGAAUAUGUACUUUCAUAUGAAGUUUGCUUUGAGAAUACAAGAUUACAUCACUUCCUUCGUGGUUCUUAAAGUCUCUGAUGCGCCUUCAGCAUGAGGGGGAAAAAAGCUUUUAUUUUCUACACUGAGACAGGAUCGCAGGUUUUCAAAAUAAAAGAAGAGUAAAUAGGACUUUACAGGAGUUUUACAGUGUUGGCUUGUGUUCACUUUUCGCGUAAACUGCGGCGAAUGGUUUCGUGAUAAAUCUUUUAUGAGACACUUUAUGAACUCAUCUUUACUCGUAUGGUCAUUUAGGAAUAUGGAGGGAAUAGAAACGCUGUUUAAUUUAAUGAGCCAUCUAAACUAGGCUUCAGGGAAGCUGUGGUUUAAAUAUUGAUACAGUUGAAUAUUGCGGUUAUGUUUUAAGACACUUAUCAAUUCUUAAAAACAAUGUUUCUUUACAGUUAAUAGUUUACAUUCAAAGAUUUGUCAGAUGGUGGCUCAGAUUGCACAAGUAGAUAUGUUAUGUUAUUAUAAGUUACACAGACUGAUGAAUACAAACUUUUUUCAAACGCAUAUGGCGGUGUGUUCUUUAUAGUAUAAACGUUUUACUAAAAUUAGGUUCAAUGAAUCUCAAAAUGCAAAUGGAACAACCUUUUAAUUUCAUGCUUUCAGGAAAGCUCCUGCUCAUUCACAGAUUAAUAACAGUUAGAGGAUUUUUAUAAAGUUAGGUAACUUUUUGAGAAAGCGGGAUUAUACAUCUGUAUUGUUGUGUUUAAGAUUAAAAACAUUAGGAUAAAACAUUUUUAAACUAAGCAUUGAACUUUCCUAGUCGGUAGGAAUUUUUCUUAAAUAGCUUUUUCAAUCUGAAUUCACCUUUUUUAAUAACGUAACUGUGAAAUUAGAUUACUUACGAAAACGAACUCCUUUCGAAUUACUCAUAAAUAUUUUGAUUAAACUCUGAUCGUUUCCCAAAAUGAGAAUUGGAGGCUUAAUCAAGGCUGAAUUAGCAUUUCUGGCAGAGAUGGCUCCGCGCAUGCAUCAAUUAAUAAUUAAUACGGCUUCUCUUUAGCCUCCUCUGUCUCGGGAGUGGUGACUAAUGCGGUCUGAAGUGAAACAUUCGGGCCUCUUGGUGGAAUAAACCGCAGCGGCUGACCUCUAAGCGGGAUUGUUUGGGCUGAGCGGGAGCAGCCGAGGCCGAUACUGAAGGAUGCGAACAGAUGACCAAUUUUACUUCUCAUUGCUUGUUGAUUAUUCAGCCUUUUUUUCCCUUUUUUUCGCUACUCUGAGUCAAACGAUUCCCAAAUUGCUGUGGGCUUUAUGGUGAUUCCGCCGAGCCGAGCUGCCAGGCUCGCGAUGAAUGAUGAUUCAUUCGCAGGUUAAUUCGUUCUUCUGCGGCCAGCUGCGGGUUCAGACAUAAAUAUUAGCGAAUUAAGGAGAACCUGUCGCAGCGAUGAGAAUUUUACAUUUAGAUUUGAGGCUGUAAUGGACUCGCUGAUUGUUUGAGUUUUAAAAAACAAAUCUCUUGAUUGUA